AUGAAUCGUCUUCACCUUAUAUCAAGGUGCGGGCGCGCCUGUAGAGUGCCGAACGGAACCGGCGCUCUUCUUCGGGGGACGGCCCGGCUGAGGGCCCAUCCCCGAGCUGGCUACAGCACAACAGGGCGGGACUCGCAACAGCCCGCGGAUAUCCAUAAGAAGGAGGCCAUCCAGGUGGGACAGAAAUCUGCCAAGCAAAUUGAGCAAGAAGCCCCUCGAGAGAAGGAGGCUGACAAGCACCAGGGGCCCGACAAGAAUAAUUCGGAGAGAAAGGAGGUAGGCGCGAAUGAUUCUGAGAAGACAGGGUCGGAAAACCAGAAGCCCCCCCAGGAGAAGAGAUCCAAAAGCAGGAAGAAGCUUGAGCGGUUGCAAACAUGGCGGCUGAAGAUGGCGGAACGUAUGGGGGAACAGGAGGGGAAAAGGGGGUCUGAGAGCUCGUUGAAAGGCCCUCGCGUGUGGGACAAAACGGGGAAAGGACCUGAUCAGAUGAACAAGAACGCGACCUUUUUGGAGCUUAAUGAGGAACUGCUUAGGGCAACUACUCAGGUGCUCGGCGAAGGGUUAGAGGCGAUGCAAGACUUUCAGCAUCAGUUGGAACAAGAGUCAAGGGCGACAAGGCCCAAGACAGAGAACAGUGAACAGGAGUCAAACACACCAAGCAGUGGGGACGAUGAACGGACGUUCGAGUCAACAAGCCAAGCGUCAGAGGCCAUGUCACGGAAGUCGAUAUCAACCGGGAAUAAGGACAACGAACCAGCUGCAACGUCGACAUCUGACGACUUAGAAGCCACAUCACAGAGGCCGACGACAGUCCGGAGUAAUGACGGCGAACCAGCGGAGGAACGGCUGGUUCCCGACUCGAAAGCCGAGUCACCGGGUUCAAGCAUAACACAGAAUACGGGUUCUGAAGUGGUAGAGCCAACAACUCCCAGCUCCGAGCAAAUCUCGACGGAACCAGGCACAUCCGGGGAUAAUGACAGCGACGAAGCAUCGGAAAUGAGAGAGAUUCCCGUGCGACCGUCAUUUUACUCGAUCAAGAAGAGCCGAAUGGAGGAUUGGGCAACAGCUCGCCAAAGUUUGAUGAAAAAGGCGAUACAGAAGGCCGAAAAUGGGAACGUGAACAGCGUCCAGUUGGGCCACGAUCUCCUGAAGGCCAAGUUUCUGGCCAUGAUGCGACGGGUCCCCCAGUCUGCCGUCGUUGUCACUGCACUCCAUAUCCUUCCCGUCAAAAAGUCCUCACCUGUGGCCGACGUCGAAGACGCGGCUUCCUCUCCCCCACUGGUUGACGAGGACCCUACCUCCUCUCCCACAAUAAACCUCGAAGACGCCGCCUCCUCUACUCAAGUCGCUGAUGAGGACCCUACCUCCUCUCCUGCAGCGUAUGGCGAGGGCCCUGCCUCCUCCCAUGUCGAUCCUGUCACAGGAUCCUCGUCAACUGCGGCCGGCGGGGACUCUGUUUCUUCUCCCGCGAUGGAUGAACAGAAUUCCGUCUCCUAUCCCGAUAUGGAUAGCGAGAACUCUGUUCUCUCUCCUGCUAUAGAUUGCGAGGACUCGGUUCCCUCUCCCGCUAUUGAUGGCGAGAACCCUGUUUUCUCUUCCGAUGCGGACGGGGAGGACUCCGCUUCCUCUUCCAGUGCGGACGGCGAACACCCUGUUUCUUCUCCCGGUGCGGACGGGGAGAACUCUGUUUCCUCUUCCGGUGCGGACGGCCCGGACGACGCGGACUCCGCCGCCGAGACCGGCUCCAAGCCAGUCCCACGCGCCAUGACGCUUGGAUCUUUCACCUCUCUUACACUGACCCCAGAGCCCACCAUCAUGUUCAACAUAAGCCUUCCAAGCCGGACGUAUGAAGCCAUCAAGAGCUCUGGCUACUUCAACCUCCACGUCCUUAGCGAUACAGAGGACGGCGCGGCUUUGGCGCAGCAUCUCUCCAAGCCCCAACAUUUGAGACCGCCGCCAGACCGGCUGUCGGAGCAGGUGCGAGAUUGCUUGGCUUCCUUGGAGAGCGAGCUACCAUGGCCGCCCUGGAUGAGAGACGGGGAUGCGCCACCGGAGGAACUGGGCCUCAACGGGGUCGCGCGUAUAUAUGGCAAAAACACGCCUCUCAUCCGCAUACCGCCCGUCCUCUAUGUCCUGCGCUGCUCAGUCGCGUGGCAUCGUUUCGACAUGGGUAGCAUGAUGGGCAAAAGAGUGGUUCCUCGGUUACCCGGGACACUGGAGCUACCCGAGUUGAAGACGGCCGUCGUCAUUGGGACCGUCAAAAGAAUUACUGUCUGUGAUUACGCAGCACUCAAGAAAUCAGGACAUCAAGGCCUGAUGUAUCAAAAUGGGGCAUACCACCAGGCGGGGCAGAAGUUGGAACCAAGUCGUUCAGAUGAGCCUUCAACUGAAGAUGAGAGUCCUCUGACUGAAGAUGGGAGUCCUCUAUCCGAAGGUGAGAAUCCUUCGACCGAAGAUGGCAGCGCCUCGUCAUAG